AUGGCGGAUCCCAGCCUUUACACAUAUUCUUCGCCCUUGGAAGGAUAUCGAGGACUCGAGCCACUCCCGAACGAAAUCUCAGAGGACGGAAAGUCCUACGUCAAUCCACCAGCAGCACGGAAAAGCGAAGCAUACAACGCCUUCGUCUCGCCCAUAACCAAUGGGCGGCGCGGGGGCUUUGACAUACACAUCUACUUCUUGCAAAGUGACGCCGAGGAGUUGAAGUUCGCCACUGAGCUCUGGGAACGCAUACGGCGAGAGUUCCCAGAGCUCCGCAUAUACAAAGUGUGGGACAGACCAAUCGGGCCUCACCCCAUGGGAAUGUUUGAAGUGAAUGUUUUCACACCAGUAGAGCAAUUUGGCGCUUUCAUUCCGUGGCUGGUGAUAAAUCGGGGUCCUCUGUCGGCUUUGAUACAUCCAAACACAGAUGACGAAGAGCGAGACCACACGCAGAGGGCUACUUGGAUGGGAGGGCCACUACCACUAAACUUAAAGUUGUUUAAAAAGAGGAAAGCAGCAGGACAAUGA